UGAAAAAGAAAAACUUUACAUCCAUAGAUUUUCAUCGCUGUACAACAUUUAACAUUCAAAUCAACAUGCAAUUUUUUGUUUUGGUGUGUAUUAUGCUACUAUUAGUCAGUUCUGUGUUUUGGUGCAUGAUUAUACUUAUUUUAUUUUUUAUAAUUAUAUACUCGCUGUAGUUGGCGGUGUAUGACGUUGAUGAAACUAGAGAAGGAAUGAGAGUUAUUUGGAAACAUCGGAGGGCAUCAUUCCCUUUCAGUCGUCCUUCCCUUUCAGAAAAGGGAGAGAAGAGGAGGAGACGUUCGCACGCGCGCUGUACUGACCGAAGAGACGCCACAGCGGAGGUGAACCGAGCUCAUCAUACACUCACUCACCUGCCUCCAGUUCACACACACAAGCGAGGAACUUCAAGAAAACCAGCGAGGAGCGAAAGAAACGACAGAGGAGACUCAAACCGAGAGAGACAUAAUCAAAGAACAACAGCAGACAUGGGCUGUAAGUUGCAGAAGCCUCGAAGCUCAGAUGAAGCUCCGGGGAAGAUUUUCUCCACCCUCAGAAGAGCGCAAGUGGAGACGCACUCAGGAGUGGCCUAUACAUACCACUUCCUGGACUUUCUGUUGGGAAAAGAAGAGGUGGCAGUGUCCUCAUUACUGUGUCUGUCGUCAGUCAGAGAGCUUCCGGUGCAGGUGUGUGAGUUGUAUCAGAAAGGGUUCGUACUGGCAGCUGUCCAUCCCUUUGUUCACUCCUGCGGCCCUGCUAGUGCUAACCUCCAGAAGCAGUUACACCGGGCUGUGCUCAUCAGAGAAACACACAGUGGUUCUGACAGUGGCCUGCUGAACUGGGUUGAGCCUCAUCUCAUGACAGACGUGUGUUACCUCGGUCACCGGGACCCUGACCCAGAAAUCAUACAGGGCUAUGUGAAAAAGGUGCAGGAUCUGGCUGAUCAGGGUGAUCUGUUUGUGGGCUUUUUGCCACAGCCCGGUGGAGGUCCGUAUUUCCUCGGUCACUGUGAACCAGAAGAUCUUUCCUCCUUGCACUCCAGUCCCUGUUCUGUUCAUCACAGCAGCCGACCCCCAACCCUCAGUCCUGCGAGCGAGCAGAGCCAACAGGAUAGAGACAACAGGGAUCAACCAAACCAGAAUCAUACAAACUUUAAUUCAGACAAUGAAGACUUUAUGAACCACGGCUUGCAAAUAGAAGGCAUUGAGAGCAGCCAAAGCUGGAAUAAUCAGAAUCCUUUCGCCGAGAACCAUCAGUGUCCUGAUUAUCAGUACUUAAAUGUGGAAGGUGAAUGUACGCAAGCUGGGGGUUUGAAGGACGAUGAGUUUAUAUUAAGCUCUUGUGCACCAGAGCCACAUCAGACCCAGAGCACAAGAAUGCAGCCGGACUUGCCCAGCUGUGAUUUGGCAGAAAACAACAAAAGAGAGCACGGAGAGCAGGUCAAAAGCCAAGACAAACACAGCAAGCGUAGCGGAACCACACCAAUGCUGAAUCGUGUGCAGGUAUUUGCGCUGUACAACCAUACGAUUGCUCUGUCUGGAUCGCCAAAGAUCUUUUCUCUGAGGGUUCCACUGCAGGUGCACAGGGAGGCGGGGCUUGUUAGCUCUGUUGACUCCCAUUGGCUGGACCACAUGACGCAGCACUUCAGAAGUGGGGCGCAACUCAUUGACGGCUACUUUAACCUAGAAGAUGAUGCAGCAUCUUCUUCCAUUGUGGAAAGUGUUUUUAUCUUCCAAAGUGCUUCAGGUGAUGCCGGGCCAACCACAGUGUAUGACGCCAUUGUAGUUGAGCAAUGGACUGUUAUUGAUGGUGUUGCGGUGAAAACAGACUACAUCCCUCUGCUCCAGUCUCUAGCUCCAUACGGCUGGAGGCUAAUGUGUGUUCUGCCCACUCCCAUCGUCAAAAUGAAAAGUGAUGGAAGUUUGGCCACAAAACAGAUCCUCUUCCUCCAGAGACCCACGCUGCCUCGCAAGAGGAGAGACUUGACGAAACUGCACCUCAGAGGUCAAAACAAAAGGAACUCGAGUAAUAAAAGGACACCAGAGAGGGAGAUAUCACCGCUGGCAACAAUUGAGAGAGAAAUGGAACGAAUGGAGAGAGAAAACAGAAGUCUGAUGAGACAACGUGAGAUUAUCCAGAAGGAAAAUGGGCAGAGUUUGCCAGAAAGCCCAGAGAGGAGAGAUCAGGUGGAAAGGACGGUGGAAUUCCACAGGCAGAGGAUGGACAUCCCAAACAUCAGCCCGGCAAAAAAGGAUGCAAUUACAAACGGCAAUCAGGAAUUAAAGCGCACAAUUACGUGUGGUAAACACGAGGACGUGCGAGCAGUCGUAACAGAGAGGGCUUUAUUCUCUGGAGUGUGCUGACAGUAUUCAUUUAUGGAUAUUUAAACAUUACAAUAUG